AUGUUUUGCCUUCGCAGUUGGCUUCCACUCCUAUUCAUCCCAACCAACGCCUCGCCCGCUUUCAUAUUCCUCUUCUUUAUCUGCACGUACUUCCUCAAUCGACCAUGCGUGUACUGCUCCAUCCUUCUCCUUAUUCUCUUCCUGACCUCUUGCAACUGGUCGGACCGAUGUUUCUUCGAUUUUGGCAGUAACUGGUUCCUCCCGCGUCCAACAGCACCGCCUGAGGAUGUCACGUUCAACACGACUGUCCUCGAUAUGGCAAACACUACGGUCGCGGCGAUUAUAAAAUCUGCUAGUGAUGAUCUAGCUGCCAGGAGGGCCGAGUGGUCGGGGCUGGGGAUCGAGUGGCUUAGAAAUUUGCUAGGGAAGAGGGAGUGGAGGAUUGAUUGUAUGGAUAUCUAUAUUAGGCUAUGA